UGGAGGCCUCUUCUCAUUCACUAAAUGAACAGACUGACAUACAUAGCUAUAAUUUCAUAAAGAAAUCCCAUAUCAGAGAAGCUUCGACAAGUGAUUGGUUUGCUCGUCGGCAUCGGAGCUUUCUCGCUGCAGCAUCACAACGAUCUGCACAAUUCUUGUCAACAGUCAGCUUUCGAGCUUCCGUCUACGAGUUUUGCCAUUGCCUUUUCUCCUCUUUCCUCCUUUCCAUUCGCAACUCCUCCAAGCCCUCAAUUCUUCAAUAUUGUGAAUAUUGCCUCCCAUUAACACGCUGUUCUUGAUACGAUACCCCUCUGUCGCCCAAUAUCAAUCCCAUUACGAAGGGCACAUACGCGGCAGCCCAGCGACAGUGACAUCCAGCGCAGCCACCCAGCACUCAGCAGUGACAUUCCCAAUCCCACGAUCUGAUAAGACUCCAACACUCAAGACUCUGCUCAAUCCCGCGACUUCCGUCCGCGCGCCUCUGAACCAGCUACAUGCCCCAAAAAUUCGCCUUCACAACCGCAGCCAUGUCCGCUGCGCUCGAAGAGACGUCCGUUUCGUACGAGGACCUGGCAGAUAUCGAGAAGGAGUUUGAUGAUGUAGAGACCGAGAUCAUCCGUCAACAAAUAGCCCUCACCAAACCCCUCUACGAACGCCGAUCCAAAACCAUAUCCCAGAUCCCCAAUUUCUGGCCCCUCGUCCUCGAACAAGCACCACCCGACAUAGACCAAUACAUCCAGCCCUCCGACUCCGCCCUCCUUCUCUCCUCCCUCCUCUCCAUCUCCGUCUCACACUUCGAAGUCGAGUCCGACACACCUGGAGGCGAUCCCAGAAGCGUGAGCGUCACCUGGGAGUUUGCCCCCAAUGAUUACUUCCACGAUGAGAAGCUGGAGAAGAAGUUCUGGUAUAGGAGGGCGAGAGAUGGGUGGUGCGGACUGGUUAGUGAGCCCGUGGAGAUCAGGUGGAAGGAGGGGAGGGAUCUGACGGGUGGGUUAUUGGGACUGGUGUGUAAGGCUUGGGAGGCGGAGAAGAAGACUGGGAGUCUUGAUGGGGAUAGCAAGUCGACUGGGAAGGCGAAGAAGGAGGGCUUGACGGCCGAACAGAAGGUACUUAAGCGCAAGAUUGAGAAUACGGGGAUGGGAGGCUUGAGCUUCUUUGCGUGGUUCGGCUUCAUUGGGAGGAAAGUCAGCGAGGAGGAAAGUCAAGAAGCAACAAGACUUGAGAAGGAGAAGAGGGAGAAGAGGAAAGCUUCCAAAUCAACUUCUGAAGCUCCGUCGAAUGCGGAAGAGGACCAGGACCAGGACGAAGAGGACGAGGACGAGGACGAUGAAGAAGAUAUCGAUAUGAGUCUAGAGAUCUUCCCUGAUGGAGAUGAUCUCGCCGUGGCACUUACGGAGGAUCUAUGGCCUGGUGCUAUCAAGUAUUUCACUCAAGCACAAGAACAAGACGCCCUCUCCGACGCAGAUUUCGAGUCCGACGACGAAGAAGAGGAAGGUGGCGAUGCGAAUGCAGCAGAAGGCUCCGCAGAUGACAGCGAAGGAGAGAAUGAGGACCGACCGAAGAAGAAGCAGAGAUCCUCGUAGAUAUAUCAUUGGUUUCGAUUUGCUCUCCCCAAUCAUUCGGGAGGAAACUCUGUGUAGAAGUCACACGAUUUGACCUGGUAACUCUCCAGAGCCUUCGUAUCCAUGCCUCCAAUCUUCUCUUUUGGAGCUCAAAAUCCAAAUCAUUUCCCAUCUUACAAUCCUCCCUCAGGCUCAAGUUCAAGCUCCAUUCGCCCACCAAAACGCUCAAUCCACCUCUUCUACGGAUUUUCAGGAGUCUCUCUACAUUCUAAAGCAUAUGACAUUUCGGAUGUUCUCUUCUCUUCCCGUCAAUUCCGUUCAGCCUACGAAAGGAUACACGCAUUCGCAUUCUAGACUACCUGCCAAAAUGCGACUCCUUCCUUGCUUCCUUCCUUCCUUCCUUUAUUUUUCGUUUCCUAGAAACUCGCAUUGCAUCACAUCGUAUUUGAGAGGGGGGAGAGGUAUAUCCGGGUGUGAUGAUAUGAUAUGCUAUGAUACGAUAGGGAAAGAAGACAUCAGAAGGGCAAGGAGGUACAUACUUCCGUUGUGCGUGAAUGGAUCGGAAGACAUUGGAUUCAAUGUAUUGUACGUUUAUGCUAUGCUAUGCUAUGUCAUGCUAUUUUAUGCAAUGAGCUGUAGAAGCCAGAGGAGAGAGGAGAGAAGAAGCGAAGCGAGUGCAUACAUACAAUACAAAGAAAUACGAACACGGACUUCAUACAGUCAUAUAUUUACUGCCCGGAUUUUUUUUCCUUUCCAUUCUCUUUCUCGUUGACUUGAGGUGCUUGUACCAGAAUCUUUUAACUAGGUGCGUGAUUGGUAAUUGCCAGCUGGCAGUGGAAGAAGCGUCACGUCAAGUAUUUUCAAAAGAAAGAAUGGAAGCGAGCCUUCUCUUCCCCUUCCCCUUCCCCUUCCCCAUCCUC